UCUCUCCUACACCACCAUCCAAAUCUACAUCAAUUUCUGUUUAUCCAUCCACGCAUUCUAUUAAGAGGCGCAUUCGAACUCAUCAUUAUCUUCACAGAUUCACAAACUUCAACAAUGGCUCCAUCCACUACUAAAGCGGGCGCUGCUAAGGCGAAGGCCGUCAACGGAGCUGGUGUUAAGAAAUCUGCCGGUCCCAAGUCUGGCAAGAAGGUGAACGCGAGGAACGCAAUGGCAAAGAUGCAGGCCUACUUCAAGGAACAUCGCGCGGAAUUCAAGGACUUGUCAUUCAAAGACCAACAGAAGGAGCUCGGCAAGAUGUGGAAAACCGCACCCGAGAACCCAAAGACUCAGACUGCCUAAUUAGCUCUGCCAUGCAUCACUUGCUGGUCCCUUUAGUAAGGGUUACGGACUCGUUCUCUAUGCCUGAGCAA